GUUGAAGUUGACACUCGCCUCGAAAGCGCGGAAAUGAGUCUCCCCGACUUCAAGUCUUCUAAUAAACCAUCGUCUCCCGGUGUGCAGUUGCACUCAGCCAUUGUGCAACUAAAUGUCGGCGGCCACAUGUUCACCUCCACCCUCGGUACCCUGAGGAAGGUGCCCAACUCCAAACUGGCAGACAUGCUGACUGGCCCUCCAAAGCACAAGGCUGACGCAGAGGGGCGCAUCUUCAUAGACAGGGACGGCACGCACUUUGGCCAGGUCCUUGAGUACCUGCGAACAGAAACUCUGCCCAGCCACCAUCUUCCAGAGGUGUAUCGCGAGGCGGUCUACUACGGGCUCAGGCCUCUGACCAAGCUGCUGGAGGAGACGCCGCAGCUGUUUGGGGAGACGGUGGGGAGGCAGCAGUUCUUGUCCCGAGUGCCCAACUACCAAGAGAACCUGGAGAUCAUCAUGAGAGUGGCGCGGGCCGAGGCCAUCGCCGCACGCUACUCCAACAUCAUUGUGUGUGUGCUGAGGUCUGAGGAGGACCUGGCGCGAUACAGUGAUGCUCUGCACAGUCUGAACGCUGAGAAGGAGUCCGUGGUGAGCUUCGGGCCGUGGAAGGCCCCGGCCACCGUGGAGGACCUUCUGGACUGCAUCAAAAUGGACAUCGAGGCCAAAGGAUAUAGGGUGUCCUUUCAGCCUCACCACAUUGACAAGACUUUCUUAUUCAAGAGCUAUGACUAUUUUUACAAACUCACUUUCAAAUGGUGGUGAAUAGGCUUAUAUACUGUAUAUCAUAAGUAACCAGAGAAUGCAUGACAUUAAUAUGAAAUCACAUUUUCACUAACUAUAGCCUAUAGUUAUAACUAUAGUCAGUGAGCCUAUAAUCAUAUCUUUAUAACUUGUAUCAUAAUUUUAUCAGGUUAACUAAUGCCUAAUAACUUGUUUAAAAUAUAUAUUUAUGCUGUCUUUUAAAAUAAAAAAAGUUACAGUAACAUAUUUUGAAUAUUCCAGAGUGACUUAACUUAUUAUCUCUUUAUCAGUUUGCACUUGUUUAUUUUUAGAGUGAUUCACCUGUGUCACAUGCUGGGUCAGCCCAUAUUACGGUAGCACGCUAGCAUCCACCUUUGUGUAAUAUUGACAUUAGAUUGCAGUGCAUUUCUUACAUACCAGACAGCACACGAAGGAGUGCAUGUGAGGAAA